CUGAGUACAAGGAGGACAAUGUACGAAGCACUUAUUUCGAAGCUCAACAACCCAAAAUUCCAAAUUUAUGCUAUCAAAAUGAUGCAAUGAUGUUGUUUUCUUUUGAGGGAUUCCAAAUGACUCAGAUUUUUUAUUUUUUUUCUCAUCCUGUGAUAAGGCUCUGCUUGUGGGAUUGUCCCCAUUACUAAUAUGGGGUGGUUCUGAGUCUUUCAAGCCAUGUCAUGGCGGGGCCUUUUAGCAACUUACAAAAAUGAGAAGAAGAAGGAGAAGCUACUCUUGAUUGUUUGGCCUCUGUUCCAUCAUUCAUAUCUCAUGUCAUUCACCACUACUGUUACUAAAAGUGCUAUUAAAACUAUGGCAAUUCAAGGCAACCGAUCCAUGGGCAACGAGAAAUGUGUGGAUGUUAUCAGAUUGUGUAAACAGGGCCGACUGAAAGAAGCCCUCCACAUUUUGCAUUUCAUGGACCAACAUAAUAUGUGUUCAUAUUCAUCGGCACUUUAUGUUCAUCUCUUGCAGAUCUGUAUCAAGAAGAGAAUUCUACCACAAGGAAAACUGGUGCAAGCCCACAUUAUUCAGACUGGAUUUCAAAUACCAUGCAACUUUGUGUGGAAUAAAAUCGUUACGAUGUAUGUCCAACUUGGCAGUCUGGUAGAAGUGCGUAAAGUGUUUGACGAAAUACCUGAACGAAAUGUAGCCUCGUGGACUACCAUGAUUGCAGCUUAUAUACGACGGGGUUAUGCAGAACACGCCUUGGGAUUAUUCUGCCAAAUGAAGAAAACACACAUCCAGCCAGACGAGUUUACUUUCGCUAGCAUUCUUCCGGCAUACGCAGAGUUGAGAGCUCUGUGUCAGGGGAAGCAGGUCCAUAGGGAUAUAAUAAGACGUGGAUUUCACUCUGACGUUUUUGUGGGGAGUGCACUAAUAGAUAUGUAUUCAAAAUGUGGGAGUAUAGAAGAUGCACACCAUGUGUUUAACAAGAUGCCUCAACGAAAUGUGGUCACAUGGAAUGCUAUAAUUGCAGGAUUUGCAAAGAAUGGACAAGUCGAGGAAGCACUGAAGCUUUUCCAUGAAAUGCCAGAACGAGAUGUAAUCUCGUGGAAUGUGAUCAUUUCGGGAUUUGAACGUAAUGGAUUCAUUGAUGAAGCUCUUGAACUCUUUCAGAAGAUGCCCGAACGGAAUAUAGUUUCAUGGAAUUCAAUGAUUGCAGGGUGUGUACAAAAUGGGCGUUCCGAUAAAGCCCUGGAACUGUUUGAGGAAAUGCAAGUGACAGGUUUGAAACCAGACUUGGAAACCUUUUCUUCUGUUUUACCGGCAUGUUCUAUCCUAGCGGCUCUGCAGCAUGGCAAGAUGGUCCAUGAACAUGUAAUUCGAAGUGGGCUACAGUUUGACAGCUUUGUAGAAAGUGCUCUUAUUGACAUGUACUCUAAAUGUGGUUGUAUACCGGAUGCUCACAAAGUGUUUGAUAAAAUUCCUAAAAGAGAUGUAGUAUCAUGGACUGUGAUGAUUAUAGGUUAUGCAAUGAAUGGUUGUGCUAAGGAGGCUCUGCUUCUCUUUGAAGUAAUGCAACAGUCUGGUAUGAGGCCAGAUCAUGUCACCUUCACUGGUGUUCUGUCAGCUUGCAGCCAUGCAGGCCUAGUGGAUGAUGGAUGGCUAUAUUUCAAUUGUAUGGUUCACUACUAUCACAUCAAGCCAACACUGGAUCAUUAUUGCUGCAUGGUUGAUCUUCUUGGUCGAGCAGCAUGCCUGAAUGAAGCAGUUGAUUUUAUAAAGAGAAUGCCAGUCAAACCCGAUGCUGCUGUUUGGGGAUCUUUGCUUGGUGCCUGUAGAAUCCAUGCCAAUUUGGAGUUAGGUGAAUAUGUGGCAAAAUACCUUUUUGAGUUGGACCCUGAGAAUCCUGCACAUUAUGUAACAUUAUCGAACAUCUAUUCAUUAUCUGGCCGGUGGGAUGGCACUGAAAGGGUACGAACAAUGAUGAAAGAAAGGAUGCUAGAAAAAAAACCAGGAUGCAGCUGGAUUGAGGUUAAUAACAAGGUGUUUUCUUUUGUAGAGCAUACCUGCAAAUGAACACGGAUCAAUUUACUUGCAGAUGUAAAUUCACAGCAAGACACUAUAUCCCAUUGUUGGAUGAAACACUUACAAUUGAAUUUACUGUCUAUAUCUAAUGCAAAGUUGGGAGGUUUGCUUGAACAGAUCAAGGAGACAGGGUACUUUGCCUGACAUGAGAUUAGCCUUGCAUGAUAUUAACUCAGAACAAAAGGAAUUCAUUCUCAGUCAUUGCAGUGAGAAGUUGGGAAUCAUAUUUGCCCUUGUCAACACAUUUGCUGAAACACCUGUUCGAGUUGUCAGGAACCUUGGGUGCGUAGUGAUUGCCAUUCUGCCAUCAAAUUCAUUGCAAGGUUGCCGUAGAAUAAUUAUUGAGAGUAAUGCCAACAGUUUCCAGUAUUCAAAGAUAAGCAAUGUUCAUUGGGAGAUUAUUGACGAAUAAUUGGAGAAAACUUACCACAAUUGCAGACCAAACAAUUCUUUUGUGCACUGUGACUCUUUGCUGCACCAGUAUAGAGGGACUAGCAUAUUCAACACAAAAUGCAAUAUUAGAAAACUGGUCUAUAUUUGGCCUCAGAGACGAAUAUUGAUGUGCUGAAAGUAUGUAAUCUCAUCAAAUUGGAUUUUUAACACAAAUGUGUUACAAAC